AUGUGGACGGUUUUUGGUGGACAACCUAUGCGUUUUUCAUUGAAAGAGUUUGGCCUGAUAUCUGGACUACCGUGCGGUGAAUUCCCGGAGGACCAUGACCCAGAUUACGAAAUGAGAAACGACCCCAAAAAGCCUGAUCCUUAUUGGCGGGAGCUCCUAGGUGACGACCUCAAAAUAUCAUGCGCUGACAUCGCGGCUAUGAUCAAAGGUGAUCCAAACAUGCCUGAUUCCAGAAAACUUCGUCUCGCCCUUAUCCUCAUUCUCGACGCUGUCUUGAUAUCCUCUCAACAAACUCAUUGUCCCACUUUGAAAUAUGUCCGGAUGCUAGAAGAUCUCGAUAAGUUCUAUAAGUUCCCUUGGGGUAGGGAAUCUUUUUACAAAACCAUUACCACUCUUCGUCCGGCCAGGAAGAUCAUGGGAAAAUGUGAAGACCCCAUUGGCACUUUCAGACAACAACUCUGCCAAGCUACCUAUCGGGUUCAAGGAUUUCCACUAAUUCUUCAGCUUUUUACCUUCAAUUCUAUCAGUGGCCUACCAUCGAAGCUCCCAAUAGCAUAUGAUGAUCACACUAUCCUAGAUGUCACUAGCGUUGGCUUCCCACAAAUACCAACGCUAACUCUAUCCGACAUUUUAGAUGUCGAGACUCAGGAAGAUCUACAUGUCAUUCUUUACAUGGAAUUCGACCACCAACCUGAGGAAGGAUGGGGUGAGUGGGAUGACGAGGUCAAGGAUAGGAAAGUUGCUUAUAUGGAGGAUCUUAUCAGCAAUGGACACUUAUUCCCUCAAGACUGUUGGCCUGGUGAAGAUGCGUCGCUACCCCAAAUUGUUCACAAGCCAUACAAGCAGAAGAAGCCUCUCACACGUCGGACUACAGCAUCUCACGCUGCCAAUGCUCCCGCAGACCUCGAAGAACAAAACCAAUGGCUUUUAGUUCAGGUCAAAGAUCUUUUGCAAAGAACCGCCAAGCUUGAAGCCAAGCUCAAAAACAAAACUCCUUUUGUUGGAAACCGCUCAAGCCGACGUCAUUUGCGGAGUAGUACAAGAAUAAAAAAUCCCAGCCAGCGGGACAAAUCAACCACUCCACCCGAGCGGUCUCUUUCACCACCGUCCUCCCAACAACCAAUUAUUGGUCUUUCCGACGAAUCCAAUCUUCCUCAUUGGAUGACCCCGGAAAAGAAUGUCAGCACCCCGGAAAAGAACGGUCCUGAUUUAUGGGAGCUAGAGGACAUGGCUCUCCACAACGACUUUGAUGAAUGGAUGUCGACGAAAACAUCCGACAAACAGAAUUUGCCCCAAAAGAAUGACGAUCAAUUAACCACCCCCAAGGAACCAGUUGCAGACUCCUCUGAUUAUGUACCGGUCCAAAUGGACCACGACUCACAAGAUUGUCUUUCGCCGAACAUAACUGAUCCCACUCUGCAAGACCAACCGACCUCCAGUAAUCCGAAGCAGAUCCCACUUCCCAAGGAGCCACUUAUUGCUGAUCAGGGCAUGGCGGUUGACCACCAUGAUGAUGAACGCCCGUCUAAGAAAACAGAAGAAUUCAACCACUUUGUGUAG